GCGCACUCAAAUAUGCACAGAUCACAGGGAAGCAAUACCUCGGAAGGAGCUCACUGGCUCCAUGUCUGAGCUGACCAGUAUCAAUGGGACAAAUAAUUGUCCCAAAUAUAUGAUCUGCUCACUGAUUUCUUUCCCCCUGCUGCUUUAGGAAUUCUUUGGGGGAGAGAGGCGUCUUCUGCCAACUGCAGCGGAUUCAUAACUUUCUGUGACUGUCAUUAUCAUGGGCACCUGCAGCUUUCUUGUGUGCAAACGAAUUUACUUUGGAGAGGUGCUCUUCCAAGGACAACCCUGUGUGGCUAUGAAGGAAGGGUUAGCAAAAGGUAAACCAGAAGAUUAGAAGGGCAGAAGGAACAACAGAGCCGGGCCCAAACUCCAGAACAAACACACAUUCCAGAGCAAGCCAACACUCGGGAGGAAUAACAAGCUGCAUUUUUGUUCAGGGGCAGCCUUGCCAUAAAUAAAGAGAGCUCCAAUCCACAGUGGAAGAAAAAUGACGGGCACAAGAAGACAUGAAAAGGCUGAGUUGGAGAGGAGGUGGAUGGUGCUGAGCGAGGAAGCUACUACAGGUGGAAACAUGGCUGGGGAGGGUUGUGAAUUAAUGGCCAAGCCCUCUGAAAAUAAUGUCUAUCCAGCUGCUGUGCAACUGAGCUGGAAGGAGCUUCACUGGGCAGCCAGAGAUGGGGACACAUACCUGAUAAAGCGGCUCUUGAAGCAAGGGGCAGCCACAGAGAGCAGAGAUGAGAAUGGGUGGACGCCUUUACAUGCUGCGUCGCUGAAUGGCUACACCAUGUUGGUGAAGUUUCUUGUCCAGCGUGGAGCCAUGAUUAAUGCAGGUGACAGUGCUGGCCACACACCCCUGCACCAUGCUGCCUGGAGUGGGCACACUCAAGUGGCAGAGUUCCUCCUGAGUCGAGGUGCCACAGGAACAGCAUCGAGCCACGGAGGCUUGACUCCACUUCACUGUGCAGCAGCCAAUGGGCACAUCCUGAUGACGCAGCUACUGUUACAGCAUGGCGCAGAUCCAGCUGUUGUGGACCAUAACCAGUGGGCUGCCUUGCACUGGGCAACAGCCAACAACCAGUUGCAUAUUAUGGACCUACUCAUUUCCCAACACAGCAGUCCAGGUCUCAGAAGCCAAGGGGGCAUCACACCACUGCAUAUAGCAGCCGAAGUUGGAAAAACUGAAGCACUACAUCUCUUGCUGGAGAAGGGGGCCAGUGUGAAUGUCCAGGACGGCCUGGGAAGGACACCGCUUUCCAUUGCUUCUAACACUGGCAAUCAUGAGAUUGUGGAGCAGCUUCUCAAUGCUCAAGCAGAUGCGAACCUGACCGAUCAUUAUGGGCGCACGCCACUCCACAAAGCCGCAACCGCUGGAUACCUGCUUAUCGUCCAACUCUUGGUGGGAGAAAGUGCUGUGAACAUUAAUGCAAAGGACAGUCUUCAUCUCACUCCACUCCACAGAGCUGCCAGCUGUGGCCACGUUGACAUUGCCAGCUGCCUCCUGGACCAUGGAGCCCAUGUCAAUGCAGUUGGAUGGCUCUGCAAAACCCCUUUGCACCUGGCCUCGGAAAAACGAUGCUUGCCUUUAGUGGGACUUUUGUUGGCAAAAGGUGCAGACUUUACACUGAAGACUCAGUGGCAGGAGACAGCAGAAGAUCUGGUGUCAGAAGCUUCAGGUUUAGGAGUCAUUCCCAGGCAAGCCAUGGCUGGGACACCUCCGUCCCCCAGCGAGAGCACAUCCUCAUUUCCUCACCACUGCCAGUCUAAUAAUGUCUAAGAUGUCCCAUCUUUUAAAACUGAAAUGGGGAAUUGCACGCCUCCAGCUAUUUGAGGACUACAGCUCUCAUCAUCCUUCACCUGUGGCAAUGUUGGCUAGGCCUGAUGGGCAUUGUAGAUAACAAAUAAUAAGAAGGGCCCUCCCUCCAGUCCAUCUGCCCUGGUCCAGGCAUAAGAGGGAGUGAAGACCUGCUGGACUUUCCCCCUUCCCAUUGCCAUUCCCUUCUCCUUUUGGGUCUUGUCUCUUUACAUUGUAAGCCUAAGGGCAGGGAAAUGUCCAAUUAACAAUUUGUAGGCUCUGAUAGCCUUUUGGCUGAAGAGCAGGGUAUAAGUAAAUAAAUAUUAUAUUAUUAUUAUAAUUGGAGGUCAGGUCUCAAGGCACUGGCAGAAAUCUCAUGGAACUGUUGCACAUCCAGACCAGGAGACAUACUCACCAUAGCCUUCAACAUUUAACUGUUGGGGAAGACUGGCAUCCACCAUGGUUUUGGGGCAACUUGGUUAAUGUUGUGUGUUAAAGAAGCCCCCUCCUGUUUCUGUUCUACAAAUCAGUAGUUGUGAAGCAGAAAACAAGCCAAUGCUGCCAGGGACUCGCCUUCCUAUACAGAAUGCCAACACACAUGUGCAGCACAAGUGGAAAGGGUUUAGGAAAGGGAUUUUUUUUUGGGGGGGGGGGGGAGGCUACAAAUCCUAGAAAGCCCUACUUAAGACAGAGGUUGAGAAACAACUAUGGGAGCUAUAGGCUUUCUCUAUGAAACUGGCCCAGCCCUGUGAAAACUGGGAAGACCUAAUUCAAACCUAAUGUUAUAAUCUGUGUUUGUCACUUGUUCUUUUUAAUACAGUCAUCCUUCCAUAUUUGUGGCUUUGAUAUUUGCGGAUUUGAUUAAUAUGUUCUCUCUAGGAAUAUCUAGGUCCUCCAGUGCAACUCUAUGGUCAACUUUAACUAAAAGUUGCACUGAAAGACCUAGAAAUUCCUAGAGAUAAUACUCUAUUAUUAUUAUUAUUAUUAUUAUUCCUUUUUGUAAGGCAUCUUGAGUCCUGGAUCGGGGGAAAGCUUAGGAUGAUGUCCCUGAUGAUGAUAUUAGUAACAAUAUCACCAGAGAGCCAUGGAAACCAGUGAGUGGCCUUAGGCCUGCUGCCAGCUUGCUAGCCUCCCUCACAGGGUUAGUGUUUUGGCACAAAGCCUUGGGGGAAGGAUGCAUGAACCUUCCUCAUGCCUUGGGCCAAGCAAGGCCUUAAAAUAUAACCCCCCAAAGCCCUUUCUCCCCUUAAGAGGGAUGAUGGAGAGGGCUCUUGGGCGGUAGACCGGGGCCCUUCUUGGGGGGGAGCAAUGGGCUUCAAACUGUGCACUUUAAGAGAUUUUGGACUUCAUCUCCCAGAAGCCUCAGCCAUCUUGGCCAACAGCAGGGGAUGCUGGGAGCUGAAGUCC